UUUGUUUCCGUGCUGAUGUUUUGUUAAUUGCAUAAUUAGAAAUCACAUAAAUCGUUGUGAAAGACUGUUAAUAUGGAUCUCGAUCGCAGCAAAGGACUGCUGCUGUUGUUGGAAGCGGCAGAAGUCCUGAGUGAGGCGAGAGAUAUCGGUGUUAUAUGUGAAACUCCAACUGUAGCGCAAUAUGAGGAAGUGGUCACCGGCCUACCAGCACCAGGAUUUCAAAAUCGGGAUUCAAGUUUCCAGUCAAACUUAUCCUUCGAAAAUAUUGUUGCCUCAACUCCGAUAAAAGAGUUUAGAGAUCCGCAUAUACUACCAGCACUGGACCUGUCGUUAUCCUUCGUAGAAGAACCUCCGCUGGAUUUGUCGUUGAGAAGCAAUGAUGUGGAUAUCCCCCUGGAUUUGGCACCCGUUUGUCGUCAGGAACGCAUCGCAUGUGCCGAAGCAGACGAAUGUCUACCGCUCAAUUUAGCUGCAGUUAAAGGGACCGUUUCCGGAUCGCCGGCAUUGCAUCAGUUUAACCACGACACCCAACAUGCUGAAGCUCGUAGUCCGGACAUGAAUACGGACAAGCCUGAGACCAGCUGUCGUCUCGAAAGUUCGGUUGAGGACAACUCCUCGCCAAAAUCAAGCUCGGGCAAAAACAACCAUCGUCCUUUAGUUUCAAAUCCACCGACUCCAGCCGUUCGUGAUUCUUUGGAAACCAUCAAUCAGGUGAACAAUUCAGUAAUUUUGUCACCGAAAAAUGAUGCAAACCCCUCAGAUCCUUCGCUCAAUCCACAUGAAACCAACACUAUCCCCGUUCAGCUAUCUGUGAGCAAGCCCACAGAAAGAGCUCAGUACAAGGAAGUCCCGCAAGCGGCGGAUGACUGGGAUCCUGGAAGCGAAGAUGAAGACGACGAUGAUAGACAAAUCGGAGACGCAACAUUCCUGAACAAUUUUUCAGUUCACGAGUACUUUGAAGUGUACCGUAAUAAUGAUUUACUCGGCGAUGACGAAGAUGAUGUUAUCGACGAGUGUACGGAUGAUCCCGAUAAAUGUAAGCUGGUUGAUAGUCCUGCUAAUACAUUAAUAAAAAUUGUUAUAUGUAAUCUUAAAUAAUUACAAAAUCUUAUCAAACAGGUCCAUCUCCUCGACCUUCAGCGGCCGAUGAUCCGGGAUUUGAUCAAGGAUUCGAUGAUCUCAACAAGGAGAACGUCAACCGUCGUAGUAAGCCCACUGCGCGCAAACGAGUGGAAAAUAGGAAUCGAAGAGAAAAAGGCCUGGAAUACUACCGAUACAAUGGAGUCAAAGUAGCAGCACGCUGCGUGAAGCAGGCAUGUUCGUGUUCGAAGCUUCACUGCGAUGAAAAAUAUCCUGAAGACAUAAGAAAGAAGAUUUUGGAAAACUUUCUGAAGCUUUCGUUUUCUGCACAGAACCAAUUUCUGAGCUGCCACAUCAGUGUGUCACCCGUGACCAGUCAUACAGUUAGUUCCAACAUUUGUAAAUAUGGGAAGUUCAUAUAUUACAUCACGCUUUGAGGGGAGGGAGAGAGUAGUUCAGGAAAGUGUGAUACCCCAUACAAAAAAAUCCAAAGGUAAAAAAGGGGAGAAGGAUCGAAAAUGGUCCAGUUUUGUGUGGCGUAAUGUAUGGACGUUCCCUAUAUUCCUAAUGCAUGCAAGAGUCAAACUAUUUUCUUCCUUUGAAACGCCUUCAUAGUAUCAGGAUUGCAUCUUUGGCGAAUCUUAUGAUAACUACUCCGGCUCUAAUGAGAAAAUAUCAGCAUUACAUAUGAAAUCGUGUUUGACAAACUUCGAACUACCUGCUAACAUUUUAAAAUAGGAGACUUACAAAAUUUGAAAAUUUUUGGAGGAAGAAUAUUUUGCCUAAUACAAAAGUAUUGCCAAUUUUUUUCAUUACUCAUAGCGUAUUUAUUAUCGCAAUUGUUUCAGGUGAUUAAUU